AGUCUUCAAGUGUCGGAGUCCUUGUGCUUGCGAAAUCGGAACUCAAUGUAACAAUUAUACACUCAAAAGAGAAACCAGUUGACCAAUGAUGACGUGGCAGAGAGAGAAAACGGGAGCAGUGAGUUAGUUAGUCAAUGCAGAAUUCAGUUACAUAGUGAUUCUUGAAAUCAUUUCUGCUUAGGCGGAGAAGUUCAUACAUGUUCUGCGUUUCUCUUUUCAUCCUCCAUCAUCUCUGUUUUCUGCAUUUUCUCAACUGCUCCAUUUUCUUUCGCCAAAACGCCUUUGAUCCCAGUCGUUUUGCUCUAUUACGGCGACAUGGCUGGGAGACGUUUCGCAAAGCAGCUUAGUUAUUCAAUCGUUCAAACUCGAACGCAGGCUAGGGUUUACAAUGUGAAAAGGCAUCGAUCUGAAUUUGGAAUGAUCAAAGAUUUAUUGAGUCGAAAUUAUGAAUCUCACCAUAAGUUUCAAGGGAGUAGGCAUUUCUUCUCCCAGGAGAGAUCUCAGUUCAGAUUUCUAGGAAAUCUGGCCCGGCCACCAAGUGGUUCAUCUGAUGUUGAGGAAGUCUCUCAUGAUCAAAGUGACCCUGAAGUCAUGAUUAGAGCAUUUGAAAGUCAGCCAUCUCUGCAUACGAAUUAUUUGGCGUUUUCGAAAUAUGUCGAAGCAUUAGUAAAAGUUGACAGGCUGGCAGAAAGUGAAUUUCUCAAGAAUUUGCUAAGAGUUUACCGACCAAAAAUACAACCCGAGGUAUCUAAAUCUUCAGCUAUUUCUAGUUCAGUGAAAAUGGAAGAAAGUAGUACAGGUGGCCUAGCUGUAAUUAGAAAUGUGAGAGAGCCUACAAAAGAUGAAAUUCUUGGAAAUUUCGAAGACCAGCAAUGGCAUACAAUUUGGUUAAUUGCACUGGCUUUCAUCCUAGUUUGUGGUUUAGGAGGUUUCAUCGUGUAUCAAAGAAUCAGUAAAGGACUUGGUAUGUAUGAAGAAGUGCAACCCAAUAUGCAGACAAGUACUAAAUUUAGCGAUGUGAAAGGUGUGGAUGAGGCAAAGGCUGAACUUGAAGAAAUUGUUGAUUACCUAAGAGAUCCUAAGCGCUUUACUCGUCUUGGUGGUAAACUCCCAAAAGGUGUCUUGCUUGUUGGCCCGCCUGGCACUGGUAAAACAAUGUUGGCCAGAGCUACUGCUGAAGAGGCUGGGGUUCCUUUCUUCUUGUGCAGUGGAAGUGAAUUUGAAAAGAUGUAUAUUGGUUAUGGUGCACAAAGAGUGAGUGAUCUUUUUACUGCUGCAAAGAAGCGCGCCCCUUGUGUAAUCUUUAUUGAUGAGAUUGAUGCUAUUGGUCGAAAACGAAAUCCAAAUGACCAAAUGCACGUGACUAUUAGUCAAUUGCUUGUUGAGCUAGAUGGAUUCAAAAAAAAUGAAGGCAUAAUUGUGAUUGGUGCUACUAACUUUGAGGAGUCACUAGAUAAGGCUUUGGUGAGACCUGGGCGAUUUGAUCACCGUGUUGUUAUUCCCAAACCAGAUUUAAAAGGACGACAACAGAUUUUGGAAUCUCUGAUGUCAAAGGUUCUGAAGGCGGAUGAUGUUGAUCUGAUGAUCAUUGCUCAGUGUACACCCGGGUUCUCUGGUUCUGACCUUGCAAACUUGGUUAAUGUUGCUGCCCUGAGGGCUGCCAAGGUCGGCGCCAAAGCCGUGAGCAUCCAUGAUUUAGAGUUUGCACGGGAGAAGAUUAUGAUAGGAAGCGAACACAAAUCAGGUGUUAUGUCUAAGAAGUCAAGAAAGCUUAUUGCAUUCCAUGAGAGUGGCCAUGCCUUAGUGGCAACAUAUACUGAUGGUGCGCGUCCUAUUCAAAAGGCAACUAUUGUACGGCGUGGGAGGUCUCUAGGCAUGGUUUCUCAACUGCCGGACAAAGAUCAGACCAGUUACUCGCGUAAACAGAUGCUUGCUAGGCUUGAUGUUUGUAUGGGAGGUCGGGUUGCUGAAGAGCUAAUUUUUGGAGAAAGUGAAGUUACUUCUGGUGCCGCCUCAGAUCUUGGAAAGGCAACUUUAUUGGCCAGGGAAAUGGUUACAAGGUAUGGUAUGAGUACUGAAGUUGGUCCGGUCACUCACAAUUACUAUGAUAAUGGGAGAAGUAUGAGCUCAGAAACUAGGCUGCUUAUUGAGAAAGAAGUGAAGAACUUACUGGAGAGAGCUUACAACAAUGCAAAAACUAUCCUAACCACCCAUGAAAAGGAGCUUCGUGCACUUGCAAAUGCUCUUCUGGAGCAUGAGACACUUACAGGAAGUCAGAUAAAUGAUUUACUUGCAAAAGUCAAAUCCCAGUAGCCGGAGCCGCAGUCACGUGUAACCAAAACCAAUGAGCAGGUAAAGAUUAAAAAAAGGUAGUGUGGCAUUAAUAGAUUGGACUGUGAUCAUAGCAUUCAUCUUCUGCUUAUAUCUAGCACACAUCUUCCACUCAUUUUCAAUCUAUUUUUACAACGACAUACUUUUUCCCUUUAGUUUUAGUUUUUAACUCAGUUAAAUACAUUACAUUGAUAGAAAGCUCUCUCAAUAUUACACAUAAUACAAACUACUACAUGCUAUUAGCAAACAA